GGCAUUGGAAAAAAUGUCAUCUGUGACCGAACGGCGACUCCCCUGGAUGCCUUUAGGAUGAUGACCGCGGCUCAUUAUUACCCAAAGCUCAUGAGCAUCAUGGGGAACGUGUUGCGCUUCCUGCCUGCGUUCGUGAAGAUGAAGCAGCUGAUUCAGGAGGGUUACGUAGGGGAGCUGCUGGUGUGUGAGGUGCAGGUUCACAGCGGGAGCCUGCUAGGCAAGAAGUACAACUGGAGCUGUGAUGACCUGAUGGGAGGUGGGGGCUUGCACUCAGUUGGCACCUACAUCAUCGACCUUUUGACCUUCCUCACCAGCCAGAAGGCUGUGAAAGUGCAUGGGUUGCUCAAGACCUUUGUAAAGCAGACGGACCACAUCAAGGGGAUACGGCAGAUCACCAGUGAUGACUUCUGUACGUUUCAGAUGGUGUUGGAAGGCGGCGUGUGCUGCACGGUGACGCUCAACUUCAACGUCCCAGGGGAGUUCAAACAAGACAUUAUUGUGGUGGGUUCGGCAGGACGGCUGAUUGUAAUAGGCACUGAUCUCUAUGGACAGAGCAACAGCUCUCCUCAGCAGGAGCUCCUUCUAAAGGACUCCACGCCAGUCAGCAACUCCUUACUUCCAGAGAAAGCCUUCAGUGACAUCCCAUCCCCCUACUUGCGAGGCACCAUUAAGAUGGUUCAAGCUGUCAGGCAGGCAUUUGAGGACCAGGAUGACAGGAGGACCUGGGACGGGAGGCCCCUUACGAUGGCUGCCACUUUUGACGACUGUCUGUAUGCCCUGUGUGUUGUGGACACCAUUAAAAAGUCCAACCAGUUGGGGGAGUGGCAGAACAUUUCAAUCAUGACCGAGGAGCCGGAACUGAGCCCGGCAUAUUUAAUCAGCGAAGCCAUGCGGAAGAGCAGGAUGUCUCUGUACUGCUAGCUCCUCUCAGCUCCUAGGAAAGAAUAGGAACCAGACAGCUCUUGAAGAAAAUGGCAAUUCAGCCCCUGUGAAGGGUUUGGGUAUCUUAGAAACAGCUGAGGAUACAGGAGAAGGAAAUAUGGUAUCAACUAAAUCUGUUGGUGGCUAAAUGCCAGAGCGAUAAGGUCCUCAGAAAUGCCCAAAACAGAUAGGAGACUGAAGAGCUGACAUAACUGUUUUGAUAACAGUAUUAGCUGGUUAAUGGGAAAGAGAGAUCAUGGACUCAUCUCCUGCUUGCAGGUGCUUUAGAUUAUCCAAUUGUGUUUACUGUGAAAGGUUGGGAAGAUCCUUUUAGAUUUUCCUUACCUACC